AUGUACCUAAUCACACUGUUUGGUAACCUUCUCAUCACCUUGGCCAUCAGCUCAGACUCCCACCUUCAUACACCCAUGUACUUCUUCAUCUCCAACCUGUCUUUGGUAGACAUCUGUUUCACCUCCACCAGCGUCCCAAAGAUGCUAUGGAACAUCCAGACACAGAGUAAAGCCAUAACCUACGGAGGUUGUAUCACCCAGUUGCAUUUUUUCGCGUUAUUUGCAGGACUGGAGACCUCCCUGCUCACCGUGAUGGCCUAUGACAGGUAUGUGGCCAUCUGUCAACCCCUGCACUACAUGGUCAUCAUGAACCCCCGGCUCUGUGGACUGCUGGUUCUGCUGUCCUGGCUCUUGGUUGUCUCCCUUUUUUAUGGAACAAGCCUAGUAGUGUACCUCAGCUCUGCUGUUACCCAAAGCUCACACUCAAGUGCAACAGCCUCAGUGAUGUACACCGUGGUCACACCCAUGCUGAACCCCUUCAUCUACAGUCUAAGGAACAAAGACCUAAAGAGGGCUCUGAAAAGAAUGCUUGGGAUGGCAGCUAUGAAAGGACAGCUUGUUCUAGGGCUGAAGAAAUGCACAUGA